UCCUCGUCGCCGCCCUGUGCCCCUUUCGGAUUCGUCUGCCUACUCCCUGAUCGACUCCGACCUCCGACCUGGCUCGGAUCCAACGCGGCUCUCAAGUAAAUCCCGCCGUUUCCUAGAGCUAAGCUCGGCAUCAACCCCAGUCCCCAAAUCGCUUCGCCGCCCAUCGUCGUUCCUGUUCUGCCGUCGCGUCGCUGCUCUCUCAACCCCGUCCGCAGUCUUGACAAUCGAAUGAAAAUGGACAGCCAUAUAACGCGCACAAGUAAAAGACCGAGGCGCUCCUACAACGAACCAGUCAUUAAGAAAACCAGAGCAAAGGUUCAUCUUGCGGACCUUUCUGAGGAUCUUCUGUCUGUGGUUCUAUCAAAAUUACCGAUAAAGGACGCAGUGAGAACUGGUCUUCUGUCAAGUAAAUGGAGGCACAUGUGGAGGGGUUGCUCCAAACUGAAAUUUGAUGGUAUCACUGUGUGCGGCAGCGGUGUGUUUGGGGGACAAGAGUACACUCAGAAAUUCAUCGACAAUGUUAAUGCAGUCAUGCAGCAGCAUCGGUGCAUGGUUGUUGACGAGCUGGUGAUCAAAUUUGGAUUCGACAGCAGGCUAGUGGAUCAUGUCAAUACUUGGGUUGAUUUUGCUGUAUCAUCACGGACGAAGAGUCUUGCCCUUGAUUUAGCACCAGCCAACUUCAUGGGCCGUACUGAUCAGUACAAAUUUCCUGUCGAGCUUUUAGACAAAGGAAGCAUAUUUCGGCUUCGUCAUCUUAGACUAAGCUUUACAUCAUUCGAACUACCCCCUCAAUUCAGUGGUUUCCCGAAUCUGACAACACUUGACUUGCAAAUGUUACGUGUCACUCGGAAGGAUCUUCAAGAUAUGCUGUCAAAUUGCAUUAAUCUUGAGUGGCUCAGUAUGAUUAGAUGCCAUUUGAAUGAUGAGCUGACAGUAGCCCGGCCAUUAUCAAAGCUGCUCUACUUAAGUGUAGCGCACUGCAAGAUAACCAAGAUAGUACUCAACGCUGUGAAACUCAAAACAUUCAUGUUCUAUGGGCGUCUGUAUCCUAUUGACCUUGGGUGUGCUCCAGAACUGAAACAUGCGUUUCUUGAGUUCUAUUCGUCUGUAACGCUCGAGCAUGCUUUGACUGUACUUCCCAAAGUUAUUUCAAGUGUUCAAGAUCUGACAUUGCGUGCUAUUUUUCCACUUAAGAUGCCCUUGCUGACGGAAACCCCGUUCAAGUUUUCCCAGCUGAAAUAUUUAGAUUUGUGGUUGAUUCUAAAACAUGAAGAAGCUGGCAACAUUCUUUCUUUGGGCUCUUUCCUGAGGGCUGCUCCUUACCUUGAGAAGUUACAGAUGCAUUUUAGUGUUUCUGAUAUCUCACAUGAGGUCCCGAAGCCUAUCAAGAGCCUUCCACGGUGUCCACAUAACUAUCUGAAGAACCUGCAUAUUACAGGAUUUUCAGGAACAACAGGACAACUUGAGUUUCUAGUGCACGCUGUUGAAAAUGCCCCUUUCCUGAAGAUGUUGACAAUUAAAGGAGCUGACUUGACUGGUCGUAAUCUAGAUCACAUAGGGAAAAGAAGAUUCAUUUUGAAGUUUCAAGAAUUGGAGAGAGAAUAUCUUCGUGGAGUAAUGUCACCAAAUGCGGAGCUCCGUAUUAUCUAACCUUAGAAGGUGAAUCAAACGAUUGUAUGUAUAAGUCAUGUACUAAGGCGUAUGUCUGCUUGCAAAACUUAUCUUUGUAACAUGAAAUUAUUUCUCAUUUUUAAUUCAAGAGAAGAUGAUUGUUUGCAUGUAAAAUAUAUGGAUGGGAAAAUAAUCCACUUUAUACCUGCUGAACUA